AUGCCGAGUUCGGAUGACGACGUUCCCCUCGCUGCUCGCAAGAAUAAAAAAGCGGCAACCAGGAAACAACCUUUACGAGUCUCUCCGAAAAAAGCAGCGACUAAAAACAAUAAAACUCAGACUAAAAGAAAGCGCGUAGAUUCGGACUCCGAGUUCGAGAUUAAAUCUUCGUCUGUGAAAGCAAAUAGCAGUAAAACAAACGGUACAUCGAAAAAAGCCGGACCACCGCAGAAGAAAAAUAAGAAACGGAACAAUGAAAGCGAUGAUGACUUUGUUCCUAAUGGAAUAAAAGUCGAGAAAGAUAUCGACGGUGACGUUAUAAUGAAAGAUGCCAAAGUUAAAGGGGUCGAAAAAGAAGAAUCGGAAGACGAUAUUCCUCUUGCCAAGCUAACAAAGAGAAAUUCAAAGGCAAGCCAUGGCAAAACAAAUGGUGUCACACCUAAGCGCACAAAGAGCGUCGCAAAGGAUGUUGGGAGUAAAAAGAAAGGGAAGGCCAUUGUUAAGAAGGAAGAGGAAUACGAAGAUAGCGACGAUGAUGAAGGCUAUAGAUGGUGGGAAGAGGAGAAUGCUGAGAAUGAUGGAUCAGUCAAAUGGCAGACUUUAGGACACAACGGAGUGUACUUCCCGCCUGAGUAUAAACCUCAUGGAGUUAAAAUGAAAUAUAAAAACAAGGAGAUAUACCUGACACCAGAUGCAGAAGAAGUUGCAACGUUCUAUGCCGCUAUGCUCGACACUGACUAUGUUAAAAAGGAAAAAUUUAGGGCAAAUUUCUUCCGAGACUGGUUGGAAGUCUUAGCAAGUUCAAAUAAGAACCCAAAGAUCGAAACCUUGGAAAAAUGUGACUUUACUCCAAUAUACGAAUAUCUUCAGAGAGAAAAAGAACGCAAAAAGUCCAUGUCUAAAGAGGAAAAGCAAUUACUCAAGCAAGAAAAGUUGGCGCUUGAAGAGAAAUAUGGAUAUUGUAAACUUGACGGUCGUAGGGAAAAGGUUGGAAACUUUAGAAUUGAACCCCCGGGCCUGUUCAGAGGUCGGGGGGACCACCCGAAGAGCGGGAGUCUGAAGAAAAGAGUUUUGCCUGAAGAGGUUACUAUUAAUAUUGGUAGUGACUCACCAGUUCCUCCACCGCCUCCUGGACAUAAUUGGGGUAAUGUUGUCCAUGACAAUACGGUUACUUGGCUAGCUACGUGGAAAGAAAACGUCAAUGAAUCUGUGAAAUACGUAUUUUUGGCUGCCAAUAGUUCGCUUAAAGGUCAAAGUGACUUGAAGAAGUUUGAGAAGGCGCGUGAUCUUAAGAAAUAUGUUAGUAGAAUACGAUCGGAAUAUAAGCGUGAUCUCAAAGACAAAUAUAUGGCCAUUCGUCAACGUGCUACUGCUAUGUAUCUCAUCGAUCGGUUUGCUCUUAGGGCAGGAAAUGAGAAGAACGAUGCAAAAGAAGCAGAUACUGUUGGUUGCUGUUCAUUACGUUGCGAACAUGUGACUCUUGAACCGCCGAAGGCAGUUAUCUUCGACUUUUUGGGUAAAGACUCUAUUAGAUAUUAUAACAAAGUCGAAGUCGAUGAUCAAGUGUUUAAAAAUCUUCGAUUAUUCACUCGAUCGCCAAAAGAGCCAAAACAUCCCCUGUUCGAUCGAUUGAAUACUUCGCUCUUGAACAAGCAUCUUCAGACAUAUAUGGAUGGACUUACAGCGAAAGUCUUCCGUACAUACAAUGCUUCCUAUGUGUUCCAGAAGGAGCUGGAUGCAAACACACCGAUUGAUGGAUCCAUUCAUGACAAGAUUUUGGCCUAUAAUCGAGCUAAUAGGCAGGUGGCUGUUCUUUGUAACCAUCAACGAAGUGUCAGUAAAGCACAUGAGAAUCAAAUGGGUAGAAUAAAAGAUAAAAUACGGGCUUUGAAAUACCAGAAGAUGAGGUUGAAGAAAACUAUCUUAACAAUAGAUCCCAAACAGAAGAAGAAACGUCCUGAUUUAUUACAAGAAGAAUCCGAUCUAGAGGAGGAUUGGAUAAUUGAAUACGAGAAACAGUUAAUCGAGAAAGAGCGAGAUAAAGUACGAACUAAAUUUGAAAAAGAUAAUGAGAAACUCACCGCUGAUGGCAAGAAGCCGCGGCCAGAUAAAGAACUUGAUUCUCUUCUUAAAGAAGUUGGCGAGAAGGCCAAGCAGUUUGCAAAAGAGCGAAAGAGUGGCAAGAUUGAACCAAAACGAGGACAAACUCUUGAAAAGCUGGAAGCAAGCAUUGUAAAAUUAGAUGAGAGGAUCAAUGCAGCAAAGAUUGCGAUGGUUGAUAAGGAUGAGAACAAGGAGACAGCGUUGAGCACGUCAAAGAUUAAUUAUAUUGAUCCUCGUAUUUCCGCUGCGUGGUGCUACAAACACAAAGUGCCGAUUGAUAAAAUCUUUAACAAGAGUUUAAGAGAGAAAUUUAAGUGGGCAAUGGAUGUUAGUCCGGAUUGGGAGUUCUAA